AUCAAGAGCACAAUCAAUAUUCAUAAUCUCGGAUUCUCAAUCACAUACAAUUUAAUAUUCACAUUAUUCUUAUUUGAAUAAGUUUUUUUUAUGAAUAUAAAUAAAUUUUUAGUUAUUGAACUCUUAUUAAAAUAAUGAAAUGUGAAAAUGACAGUAAUAUAAAAAAGAAAAAUAACUACAAAUCAAUGUAAUUUAUUUGGUUAAUUUAACCUAACACUUAUUUGUGGGAUUCGAAUUUAACCCACCAAAAAGGCAUUUCAUUUUCCCCCCCAUGAACUAUUAAAGAAAAGAGAUAAAAAUCGAUAGUUCUGGCUAUCACCCAGGCAACUAAUUAAUGGUAUGUUUCAACUUUCAAGGCUUUCGAGUCCGAAUAUGUGCUCUGGUGCGGUUAUUUCUAGUCGAAUCGAUAUUUUAGUUCAGUUAUGACAACACAAGUUUUGCUGAUAGGGCCGAUUGUUGUGGUGAGGCCUCGGUGGAUAGGAAAGAGUCACCGAAGGCAAAGCUAAGGUGGUGACGAGGUGAAAAUUAAAUAACAUAAUCUAUUUACAACAUCAUCUACUUAACAAUCAAAAUUCAUAAUUAAUCGUCAAGUAUGCCAAAUCUAAUCAAAUUGAACCAUCAUCAAUCACUAACCAUGAAAUGGGAAUUAAUAAAACGAAUGACUAAUAAUUUUUUUUUAUUACCGACGAGAAAAUUUUGACAAACCAAAAAACAAUGUCUAGUUUAGGGCUUUAGGCACUAUUUUUACUCUCGCUAUGCGUAGAGGAGAUUGACUGAACUUAGAAAGCCUUCCCGGUACCCAAUUCUCAAAGUUUAAUAGCAAGCCAAGGUAUUUCUCCCCUCCCAGUUCCAAAUCCAAGCCCCAAGUCCACAAGUAUUUGCUGCCGCCGGUCAAUAUCAUUUCAGGAAUCUUCUUCAGCACUGCUAACUUUACGCCUCUGGAGUUUCCGCCCAAUUGCAUCCAUGGCUUCUUCUUCAGCACUGUCUAGACUAUCCAAUCUCCACAACCACCUUCGUCCUUUGGAUUCCAACAAUCAGAUAGGUGGUCUGGUGAAAUUUUCUCCAGAAGUCUCUCAGGCUUUGUCUAGUGGGCGUGCAGUUGUUGCUUUGGAAUCCACCAUCAUUUCUCAUGGGAUGCCAUACCCUCAAAAUUUGGAGACAGCCAAGCAAGUGGAAGAAAUUGUAAGGAAGAAUGGAGCUGUUCCUGCUACUAUUGCAAUCUUAGAUGGGGUUCCUUGUGUAGGUUUAAGUGCCGAGCAGCUGGAGCGACUUGCCACUCUUGGAACCAGAGCUCAGAAAACAGCUCGGAGGGACAUUGCAUACGUUGUGGCCGGUAGACGAAAUGGCGCCACAACUGUUUCAGCAACCAUGUUUUUUGCUUCUAUGGUUGGUAUUCCUGUGUUUGUAACUGGAGGCAUCGGAGGAGUGCAUAGGCAUGGGGAGGAAACGAUGGAUGUAUCGUCCGAUCUCACUGAGCUGGGGAAAACUCCAGUAGCAGUUAUCUCUGCCGGAGUGAAAUCAAUAUUGGAUAUUCCAAAAACCCUUGAAUAUUUGGAAACACAAGGAGUAUGUGUUGUUGGUUACAAGACCGAUGAAUUCCCUGCAUUUUUCACUGAUACAAGCGGCUGUAAGGCUCCAUGCCGUUUGGACACACCAGAGGAAUGUGCCCGGCUGAUAGAUGCCACAACAAAACUUAAGCUUGGGAAUGGGGUCCUAAUAGCAGUCCCAAUUCCAAAGGAACAAUCGGCUUCUGGAAGUAAAAUUGAAUCUGCAAUCCAAAAAGCUCUUAAAGAAGCUAGGGAGAAGAAUAUAAUUGGCAGUGCUGAAACUCCUUUCUUGCUAGCAAGAGUGAAUGAACUAACGGGAGGAGCCUCCUUGGCUUCAAACAUUGCUCUGGUGAAGAACAAUGCUCUGGUUGGGUCUAAGAUCGCAGUGGCCCUUGCUCGUCUCAGAGAACACUCAAGCAAAGCAGCUGGAAUGAAUUAAUCUCUCUGAACCUCUUAGGCGGUGCGGAACAAGGAUCAUAAGACAGACUCGCCCCAUUUAGUCUUUAACCAGGUUGAACUUCACUGGUCAGCCAAAUCGAAAUGGCUGUUGCAUUGUAUGUUUUGGAAGGCUAUUUCAGGGAAAUGGGGAGAGCCAACGGCGGAAAGAUCACGUAAGCUGGAAACCGUUCCUGUCAUUCUCUUCGUCCUUCCUCUUUAUUUCCUUUUGGCUUCAACCAAACUUAGCAUUUGGUUGCCAUUUGAAUGCCCUAAAGUUGGAGAUAGACUGGAGAUCUUUAUGCUGGUUUUAGUCAAGUGUCUUGGUCUUGUAGUUGCCGUGGUCCAUCAUGUUGGCACAAGAGGCUGAGUGGAAUUUUGCAGGCUAGUGUUUGUUGCUGUGUUGAUUUCCAGCAUUUUUCUCUGUGCAGUGUUUGUCUUCUUUGGUUGACGUGUCUUUUAGGCUUUUGAACAUUUUGUAUCCUUGUAAGAGUAGUGUUUUAUUUUCAUCCAAAGUACUCGUCUAUGGUCUCAUUGUCACUCAACCAUGUAUGUACAUUAAUUUGACAAGUUACCUUAGUGGUGAUUGUCACUUACAAAUGUCGGUUUCGUGUGAGAUUUAUCCAUUAGAGGUGGCAGAAUAUUGACCCAAGCCACUAAAGUUGAUGAAAAUCGUAUUAGUCCACAGUGAAUCAUAUGAUCAAGAUGACUAUACCUAAAAAGCAACGCAACGGAUUAAUGUUAUUUUGUAAACUCAUUGCAUGACCCAUACGACGUGACUUUGGGACUCAUUGCAUGACCCUCGAGACUUUGAUAGCAGGGAUGUAAUCUCAUCAUUUCUUGCAUUGUCAUUAUCCUUCAAAAAUCGGUGUGAAUUCAAUGGUUUGUAUAUUAAAAAACCUUAUAGUUGGACACUUACUCAGAACUGGAUUCACAAUAGAUCCUAAUCAUCGCUAUAACCUCAUUUAGAUGUGUUGAUGAAUAUCAAAUCGUUGCAUGUUUUUAUUGGACCUAGAAUUCACAAGUAAUCAAGACAUUUGAAAACACCACAAAUAUGAAUUCCAAACAAUAAAGUCCUCAUAUUGAAUGACACUCUUAGUAGAACCUGGAUGUCAGAAAUGAAGAAUUCAAACUGUGGAUCAGGCUAAAAGAUGGAAAGACAAAACUAACCUGGGUUUUGAGGAUGAAGCAAGAGAGACACGAAGGGAUGGCAUUGGGUCGGGUUGGGUCGGGUUUUGUCAAACCCAAACCCAAAUCCAUGGGUUUAUCCGUGAAAAAAAUUUGGGGUAAAACCCACUGGGUUUGAAAAACUCAAACUCAACCCAACCCGCUGGGUAUCCGCGGGUUCAUGGGUACCCAUGGGUUUUGUCGUAAAAAAUUUACAAUAACAAGUUCCUAUCAAAAUUAAAGUCAUAUAUCAAUCUCUCAAUACAAAUUAUCCAUAUUUAAAACACUAUUCUAGAAAAUUCAAGCAAAUCACAAAUUAACUAUACAAAUUGUUCAACACCAAUCUAGAAAACUCAAGAAAAUUGAAGCACAAAUUAUUCAUAAAUAACAUGAUUAAUUGAAAGCUUCUUCCUUUCAAUUAAGUUUCUUCACUCUCCACUCGAUAAUAUCAACUUCAUUCUACACAAUUAGAAAGAAAAAAUUAGACAUGUCUCCACAAACAUAAAUAAGAUUAGUUGUUUAGAAUAUUAAAUAUACCGAGAAAAUUAAUUAUAUAGGUGUGAGCGGGUACCCAUGGGUCGGGUUUACCUAAACCGAAACCCAACCCGGUGAAUAGUGAACGGGUUUAAACCCAAAAUCCGUCAACAUGAAUUUUACCCGCGUUGACCGGGUUAGGUCGGGUGAGUACCCGUGAGUUCGGGUUUUGUUGCCAUCUCCAUUUUUGCCACCUGUUACAAGAUAGUAGUGGGUUGUCUCAGAAUGAACUCUUGACACGACU